AUGUAUAAACUGUUCGUAAUCGCCGCUGUGCUGGGGCUCGCUUCUGCUAAAGCCAACUAUGGCUCGCCCGUGCCCGUGACAUCUUCGUCGGUCGCAGUAGCAUCACCAUCAGGGGUCGUGUCUGCACCUGUACCCUACUCUUCAUCAGUAGCUUACCCUUCACCAGUGGCCUACUCCUCACCAGUAGGUUUCUCCUCACAAGUCGGCUAUUCAUCACCAGUUGGCUAUUCGUCACCAGUCGCUUACUCUUCACCAGUGAGCUACUCGUCACCAGUAAGCAACCCUUCACCAGUAGCCUACUCGCAACCAAUAGGCUAUUCGUCACCAGUUGCGUACUCGGGCCCUGCUGUGGGUGUUAGCUCUCGUUCCGCGUAUUCUGCUCCAGUUUCGGCGGUUGCUUCCUCCGUCGCCUACUCCGCGUCAGCAGCAUCCGCACCAGUGUCGCCCAUUGCCUACUCUGCCCCUGUUUCCUACCCAAGACCCGUUGUAUCAUCUGUACCUGCAGCGGUUCCUUAUUCUGCUCCAGCCGUUAACCCUGUAGCUUACUCUGCUCCCGCUGUCUCUUACGCUAAGCCUAUUGUGUCCGUUUCACCACAAAUUAGCUCCCUUGGUUACCCAUCUUACCCUACACCGUUUUCUUAUGCUGGAUAUUCUCCAUAUUAUACUGGUUACCCUGCGUAUAACUAUGGCUUUGGUUACAACUACCCAUCCUACUACUGGAAGAAACGUUAAGAAUCACCAAAU